AAACGAAUGUAUUCGCGUGAAAACUCGGGAGGUGCACGGUUGCAUCACACAUCGAAUCGCUCUUUUAGCCUCGAUUCGAAAUCCAAACACUUUUUGUCCAGUGGCCGUGUUCCAAAAGUGCUUUUAACUCCAUUCGGAACGGCAAAACAGUGAAUGUUAUUGAUCCGCUCCAGGUAAUCAGCGAAAGCUCACCUUUUCGGUCGGUUCGCGAAUUAUGCGCAUUUUCUCCGCGGUUCCGUUUGCUCAAGUGUUUGUCGUGCGGUGGUGGUAGGUAAUAGAAAAUGAAAUUUUUUUCGAACGUACUAGUGCUACGGAAGGUUAAUCGAUAUCUGCGGAAAAAUGUCCGGGAUCAGUCGCCGAGCAUCCUCCGCCUGUGGGCAACCCAGUGCGAGUUUCACUUUGCGCAGCAGCUUCGCCGGAGUCAGCAGAUUCUGGCCCUGUACGCCAAGAUCUGGGAGGAACGAGCCUUGAGAGAACUGCUGAGACGAUUCCGCGGACAGGCUCAACGUCAUGCCAAAGGGUUCCUGCUGUCGUCUACGGCCUUGCUUGCCUUCGACUGGGAUCGGGAACGAAUCGAGUUCGAAGACGUGAAGGAAUACUUUGACGAUUUCAAUUUCCUCGAUCGGUUGCAGAAAGAAACCAUCUUCUGUCCCCGGUGCCAGAAGCGGAAACAAAUCGACUGCCGAGUGGAGGGAGUGCGGUACUGUAGCUGUCCUCGGAACGUGACGGAUAUGUUGUCCAAGGAGCAGAAUGAGUUCACCGCCUGGGAACCGUACAUCGAGCAGAAGACUAUGAUCACCUGGCGCAAGGAAGUCAAACCGGGGCUGUACGCUUACAAAGUCUACGUAGAGUACCCGGACAUCACGGCGGAGGAUUUCCUGCACGUUCAAACUGAUGUCGAAUAUAGGAAAAAAUGGGACAACACCGCCGUCAGCCUGGAGGUCGUCGACGAAGACGCUGCCAAGGGAUCCAACAGCAGUAUCAUCUACUGGGAAAUGCUAUGGCCGAAACUAUUCGCCAACCGGGACUACGUCUACAACCGGCGCUACUUUGUGGACCGCUCCAAGAAGGUGAUCGUCAUUGUCAACAAAAGCGUCCAGCAUCCCAAGUGUCCGGUCAAACCGAGCAACCAAAGAGUCAACGAGUACUGGAGUUUUAUGGUCAUCAAACCGACCACCGGCAUGUUCAGCAAACCGGGAGUGUCGUUCAUUCUGACCUAUUUCGAUAAUCCGGGCCUAUCGAUUCCCAAGUACAUCACCAAUUGGGUGGCGAAAAAGCAGAUGCCGGACUUUUUGGGUCAGCUGCACCAGGCGACGCUGAACUACGCCUCGGCUAAGAAGCAGAAUGAAUCGAGGAUUGUGGAAUUCUGGGAUAAACACCGGGAUCCGGGUUUCGAGUACCCACCGGAUUCGCUACCCGGCUUCAGCAACGAGGAUUACCUGCAGGCAAGAAGCGAAAGCGAAGGCGGUACCACUCUCCAAGAAGCCAAUCCGAAAACCCAGUCGCCAGUAAACGAAUCAUAUUCGCUGAUACGCCAACCGGCGAAGGCGGAAUCCAACAAAGAGCUCAACACAAGUGUAACAACCACAACCGCAUCAUCACAAACUCUACCACCACCACCACCAGCAGCAACAGCACCAACAACAACAUCAACAGCGCAGGACGACUGUGGAUCGGCGCAGAAAUCUUCCUGGUGGAGUUAUCUCUAUUCGUAUUUAUAUUUCAUAUGAGGAACUGCACUGAACUGACUCAAGAUAGGCUGCAGUCGAUUAAUGGAUAAAGUCAUAAUUUCGUUCAAGGCCUAGGCGCCAUCAGUUCCUACUACAAUGACUACAAUAACUUUUUUCGUUCGCAAAUUUCCCAAGGAUCGCACUCGACAAAGGUACCUUUUAGUUUAACAAAUCAUUACCAUCUUUGGGUUGUUCGGAUGCAAACAAAAUUAACCACCUAAA